AUGACCGCGCUCAGCCUUCCCGACUAUGACGGUCUCCCGCCGGUCGAGGGCAUGCCCAAGGGCUGCGCGUGGGGGGUUUUCGACAAGGACGGGAAGAAGGACAUUUACGGGACGCUGAACUUGCUGACGCCCGAGGUCAUCAAGGAGGCCGGCGCCGAGAUUCGCGACGGUGUUUCCAUCUCUCUCAAGUAA